CCUCACACUUUGAUUCUGGGAAACUCACUUCAGGGACCCCCUGCCUUCCCCGUGCUCUCUCCUCUGCUGCUUUGAUGUCCUGAUCCGGCCUGUGAAGGUGUAACUUGGCACCUCUCAAUCCAUGAUAAAUUGAGGAGCUGCACAGCUUCCCUCAGUAUAUCCACCAGCAUUGCCAGUAACAGAGACACUGCAGCCAUGGACUCCACUGCCUCUCAGCUCCUGCUCCAGAACCACAGGACAGUCCUGGUCUACGAUGCUCUGCUUGAGCAAGCCUGCGGCAGGUCAGACUCUGGCUACUACAGCAGCAGCAGCAGCCUCUCACCGGCCUCUUCCAUCGACUCCUGCUGCCUUUCUCCUCCGUCUCUACAAUGUGGGGCGAGGCAGGAAGCCUAUGACUGUGACACUCACUUUGGCAGCCAGGUUUACCCACAACAGAGCCUCCUUCUCCCGGUUCAGACCAAGAGAAGGUCCCGGUCCAAGUACCCUGGGAAGAAGCGGCAGAGCGCCAGCGACAGAGAGAAGCUGAGGAUGAGGGACCUGACCAAAGCUCUUCACCACCUGAGAACCUACCUGCCCCCUUCCGUGGCUCCAGCAGGACAGACCCUGACCAAAAUCGAGACCCUUCGCCUGACCAUCCGUUACAUCUCCCACCUGUCCGAGCAGCUGGGGCUGAGCGAGGAGAUCCCGUCCCAGAGAAGAGGGGCUGACAGAUCCGAGGGACCCCAGGAAGACAUCCAGCUCCAAGACUGCUGGCAUUCAAACCAGCCCCAGCAGCCUGAUGGCAAUAGUUACAACAGCAACAGCUGCCUCUUCACAGAAAGCGUUCCAGUGGAGUGCUGGGCUCCACAGCAGCUGUUUCAUUCUGGACGGUGCUGA